CAUCAUCACAAGCAAAGCACCAGGAAGAAGCAGCCCUGCAUCAGCUCAGCUCUUUUAUCACUGAAAGUCCACUACUAGACACAAGCAAUCACAAAUCAGUCUCAGUUCAACCAUUUUCCACCAGCCCAGCAAGCAGAAGGAGAGCAGUGAUGGUUGGUGCGGCGAAGGCGUCAUGGAUGGUGGCCAUGAGCGUGGGCGCGGUGGAGGCGCUCAAAGACCAGGCCGGGCUCUGCCGCUGGAACUAUGCUCUGCGAUCCAUCCACCGGGCAGCCAACAUCCGCGCCGGCGUCUCGCAGGGCAAGAAGCAGCUUCCGGCCUCGGCGGCGGCCAUGGCAGAGAGGCGACGAGCGGAGAAGGCCGAGGAGGGGCUGAGGACGGUGAUGUGCCUCAGCUGCUGGGGCCCAAACUAGCUGCUAGCGGUGUGUUUGUUGCAGAAAGCAACCAUGUCCUGGGAUCUGGCUGGUUGCGUCUGAUUUGUACAUACGUGUCCCCAUGAUGGUGAUGAAAAUUUCAAGCUUUUAUUUUGAUGCAGAA